CGCGUCGGCGCCCGAGCCGCGGGAGGAGGCGGGAGCUGAGGAGGCGGCGGAGGGGGCGGGUCGCGUCCGGCGCCACGUCCGCAGCCGGAGGCCGCUACUGCCGCCGUUGCCAACGGAGUCUUCUGGCUCCGAAGCUUGAGGAGACGCCUCUGGAGCCCGCAAUUGCCCGAGGCUGUGCCAGCCGCUCAAGCAACCGCAGCCGUCCUCGGUGCUGCCCGCUUCCUCCGCCCAGACCCGGCUCCAGACGCCGACCCUCGACCCCGGAGGAGAUCAUGAAUCAGGCAGAUAAAAAUCAAGAAAUCCCAUCAUACCUUAGUGAUGAACCACCAGAAGGUUCAAUGAAAGAUCACCCACAGCAACAACCAGGCAUGUUGUCCCGUGUGACUGGGGGUAUCUUCAGUGUUACAAAGGGAGCCGUUGGUGCCACCAUUGGUGGUGUGGCUUGGAUUGGUGGGAAGAGUCUGGAGGUGACCAAAACAGCUGUUACAACUGUGCCUUCCAUGGGAAUAGGGCUGGUGAAAGGGGGCGUGUCUGCUGUGGCUGGAGGUGUUACAGCUGUUGGGUCUGCUGUUGUAAACAAAGUGCCCUUAACAGGAAAGAAGAAAGACAAAUCUGACUAAACUAUGGAGAUACACUUGCUCUCCACAGCAUUAUGAUGCCAGUGGCAUUGAAUUGCUAAAUUAUGGACUACAACCAAGUCACCUGUUUGGACGUUUAUCUUCUAAACUGCUGUGUUGAAAGUAUUGAUGACUGGCUUUUGUCUAAAAAGAAGAGACCAAUACUAGCACAGUGUAUGAAGGUUUCUCAUACUUAAAUUCCAGCUUUUUAUCUGGUAAAAUGUUACACUUAUUCAGUUGUAACUGAAGAUAUGGUAUAUUUGAAUAUUUACUAUAAGUCUUUCAGUUUAACUAAAAAAUGUGAAAGUUGAAUUUAGUUGAUGAUCUUUAUAGUUCCAUAUGUAUAAUGUGCCAGGUAACUCAUUUGCCCCUUAAGAAGGGAACCUUGAACUACAUAAACUGUACCUUUGAUGUGCCUAA